AACGACGACUGUCGACUGAUGUGUAGUGUUUUACUGUUUUGUUCAUGUCUAUGGUUUUGUAACACAAAGAUCCCGUAUCACAGUAUUCACAUGGAAAUCUCAGGCGGUACCGGGACCAAUAUUCCAAAUACAUGUGGCGCUGACGGCGUUUAGGAGUAGAAAGUAAAAUAUCGUUAAAUUUUGCUCUUGAGUCUCGGGGGUAUAGUUGUGGCCUUUACCGUAGCUAAAAUGCUAAAUAAUAGUAUUUUAGUCCUGUUACAAUUGAUCGUUAUCCUCCUUCUCCAACGCAAUAUACAUGCAAAUGGACAGAUGAUAUGACCUAUAAGACGUAUGUACCAGUCGCAAAUCAAGGAACUAAAAAAAUAUAUAAAAUUUAUUGUAGAUUAUAGGUCAAUAUGGUAAUGGCUACUACUGUUUGAGCUCCGUCAGGACUAUCAUCGAUCGAAAUAAAACUUUUAAUGGAAAACGUUCGGGCGAAAUAUUACAGGUAACCGUGGCGACCUUUGUUUUACGUCAUAAUUGUCAAUUGGAACUGCAUUACUAACAUAAUAUAUAGUAGCGGAACUUCUUUCAGUUCUCCGACUAGAUAUUUGUCCCUGAUGAGAACGACCCGGUAAAUGUAAGGCGCCGAGCCGUUUUGGAGUGUCCGUGACUUACAUUUUGUUCAGUUUCAAGUUCCCUUCCCUUUCUUUCACUCGGUUCCCUCUGCAUGAUCGCACACCCGCGGGUCUUCGGGGACUACUUAACAAUCGAAAACACCGUCUCUCGGAGUUCGGGGUUUGAUCGAUCCAGCGUAGAUUUUAUUCACAUAGUACACCCAAAUAGUUCGGGUAUUAAUAAUAAUAAUAUUUAUAACUCGCGUACAUCACGUUUGUACUUCUACAAUCGUGAUGUAAACAGUAAACGUAGCACGCUGAUGGCCCAUCGCCCACGAUGGCUCACGCUUUGCUCGGACACGGCGCUUUGGUGACCGUCGCUUUGUGAUAAUGGCUUAUCAAAUUUUUCGUUUUUCUUUCAAGGUUUUUAUUGAUUCCGUGUCGCGUUCGUCUGCGACAUAUGUCGUGCGGCAACGGCGUUUUCUUGCCCUCUCCUCCCGUCCUAUCGGCAGACCACGCGCUUGUCCGUCCCCGUCAUAUUGUCGCGCACUCGCACUUAUCUAUACACACGCGUCCCGACCGUCCCGUCCCUCGUCCGUCUUUAUGAUAAUGCGCCGUUCCGUUUAUUUAUUUUGUAUUUAGGUAGGUACCUACUAUUAUUUGAGGUUGGCUAAGGACCGCCUCCGCCGUACACUUCGUGUCCUUGUCACGAACGUACUUUGCGCCGUCGACGUAGUACGCCGGCUUAACGUGCUACUACUAUUCCGUUUUGUCGUUGGUCGCGGACGUCUCGCGCACAACUCACAGGUCGCUCACAGCUGUUCGCGCGCUAAUAGUCGUUCAACGUCGCCGCCGUCCGAUAUUUCAGGCUUCUUAAGUAGUGCAGUGUGUCGAUCCUUGUCGAUAAUUUUUUUUCCCGUCCGUCAACGGGUCACGACCAACACGCCCGUCGCCUAGAACACCUAUCGGCUAUCAGUUGUCCACUCGUCACCGUUACCGACGUUCGUUCCAAUACGUCUAUUCUGAGUGGUCUCCGUUUUGCGAGAAAGUAAGUCUUUCCGUUUGUAUGUUUGUAAUAUGAACACUUUUCCGGGUCGUGGGAUGUUGAUCGUUCGUCUUCUACCCUCAGUUUCUGGAAGCACCUCCCCUCGCAUAACACUGACGAAUAAAAUGCGAGCGGUCAAUCCGUACCCCGUCUAGUCGUAUACUUUAUAGUUGGCCUAGGUCAAGGUGAAAUUAAAUCUUGUCGAAUAACAACAAAAUUGUAUUCAACAUUACGGCAUUAAUUUUAACAAUUUGUUUUAUUAUUUCCAUAGAUCACUGGUAUAAUAUUAUACAAUUAAACAUAUAGAUACCUACCUACUUUUAUAUAAUAUUUCUGAACAAUUUGCCGUACACAUUUACAGACUAUUACGUUUUUCAUUUCCAUUGUAUUUUAAUCAAAUAAUAAACAACAAACACUAAUUCAGGUUCAUAUCAUUGCAAUUUGAAAUUGAUAAUAUGAUACCUACUGAAUAUUAUCUUGGAUUUUUUAAAGUUUGUACCUAUUUUGUUUUGUUAAUGUUUAAUUAUCACAAAAAGUUUAUGAGUCAAAGUGCUAUGCAAUUAUUUUAGAUAUGUACCUAAUUGGACAAUAAGUUUUAAUAACAUCUGGUUACUUAAUGUUUUUAUGUUAUUAUUAUGUUACUAGAUAUUAAGUUAAAUACAUUUAAGUUUUUAAUAUAAAACAAUUGAUUUAUUAUACUGCCUGUACAGAAAAGAGGAAGAAGACUAAUAAAAUACUUAUUUACUUGUAAAAUAUUGCCUAAUAUUAAUUUCUGUAAUUAACGAUUUUACUUUUGUUGAUAACAUACAAAUUAAGUAUACAAUUAUUUAAAUUACUUUAUUAUCAAAUAUUUAACUAGAAAUUAAAUUAAAAUACAAUAUAACGGAAUGUAAUCAAUCAAUGUAAAAGUGUUUGAUAUAAUACCUAAUAUACUAUCUCUGUUAAAAAAAAAAUAUUUGUAGGUACUUUUUAAUAUCAAUACAAUUUAUUAGAACUAUUACCUUUGAUUAAAAUUGUAUUAUGUUAUGAAGAAAAAUAAAUGUCCUUGUAACGUUUUCAAUAAAUUUGGCUGUGUAUCAAAAAAAAAAAAAAAUGUUGAAUAUCUAUUUAUAAAUCGCUGUGUUUUGUAUGUUAGAAUGUAAAUUUAUUAUUCAAGAAUGUUAAUUUUAUAAUAUAAUUUACAGGUAGGUAAUUAAAUGUGACAUUUUCACCAAUGAAUCUAGUUAUUAACAUUAUCUUGGGCGGAACUUAUAAACAUAAGAUUAUUAUAAACUUAAGUAGGUAUAUUAAUUAGUCAUUGCAUUACUUUUUGUUAUCUUGUGAUAUGAAUUUUGACACUACAAUAUUUAUAAAAAUAAUAGGUUAUUUCUCAAUGUAUAACCUGCCACUGAAUGUAUUUAAUUUGAAUAUUUUUGUUGGUAUUCAUGAGUGAUUAUAAAAUCAGACGGAUAACAUUUACUUAAAUAAAAAAUUGCUUCACAAAUUGAUUCAGAUCCAGUUAUUGGACAAUUUUGAGAAUUGGUUGAUCAUAAAAGAAAAAUAGAAAAAUAAUUUGUUUGUGAUAAUUAUUAAUUUUAACAAUUAUAAGAAAAAGGUUUUUAAUUUGCACUGAAUUAUAUAUUCUAAACAAACAAAAAGGUUAAUAAAAUGUAUGAAUCCAUUUAGAUUAUAAAUUACAAUUAAAGUUUAUAAACAAUUUUUAAUUUUUAUAACUUUUACCUGCCCUCUCUAGCCUUAAACAUAGCUUGUGCUAGGGAAGAAUGAGUCGAUUCAUUGUUAAAAUACUUCGAUGUUUAUUCCUACGAGUAUUAGAAAUAUUUGUAAUAGCUUAACCAGAGACUCAAGGGCCUAAUUCAUUGUGCAUUGUCAAUUUAAAAUUUUAAAUAGUUAACAAUAUGUAUUUAUAAUAUUAAUGUGUUAAUAAAAAUUUUGGCUGCAGUUAAUUGUGCCCCACCUUAGACGAAUUAAACUGAUCUACCUACUUUAUGUCAAUUUACCUAACAAUACGAAAUUAUAUAAUAAUAUUGCAUUAGUACUAAUAUCAGGUUGGUUAGGUUAAGUUAGAUUAGGUUAAUAAUUUUAAUAAUUUAAGUUACUAUGCAAUUGUUAUUAAUUAUCUUUAAUAAUUAUAUUUCCAGUUUCAUUUAUAAUUAUUUUUACUUAUCUUAUUUUAUUUUGUUUUAAACAUUUAAAUUAUAAUUUUUAGUUACUUAGGUAGGCCGUGAAAAUGGUACUAAGUUGUUCAUUAAACACUAACCAAAAUUUUACAGUUUGCCAAAAAUGGAAAAGGUUUUUAUUUUAAUAAUUGUUUGACUAAAUUAUACAUUAUGAGCCUUUUGCCAAAAGUUAAUAAUUUUAUAAUACUAACAGUAAUCUUUUUUUUCUAAACAUUCAUUAUUAAUUAAUUUUUUUAAUUCAGGAAUAAUGCAUCGAGCACAGUCAGUCGUGAAUCAAUUAGUCCCUUGUGUGCCAACAAUUGUUGGCAGACAAAAAUUUGCAACAUGGCUGAUUGGACCUAAAUCUAGAUCUUUGAUAAGAGCUACUAAAUCAUUAACAGUGACAGGAAAUAAGUACUCAAAUAAUGUUAAUCAGGAGCAAUUUCUUAAUGGCACGUCUUCUGCUUAUAUCGAAGAUAUGUACAAUGCGUGGCUAGCAGAUCCAAAAAGUGUCAAUGUUGUUAGUAUACAUAUAUAUUUAUUUAAUAUUUAAUCAGUUCUUUAUUUUAUAAGGUCACAUUAAUUUUUAUAUCUUUUUCCUGUAGUCUUGGGAUGCUUUUUUUAGAAAUUGUGAUGCAGGAGCACAACCAGGUUUUGCAUAUCAGGCACCACCAUCAUUGGCUCCACCAGGUAAAAAUGAAGUACUAUUGUCAAGUAUAUUACCUGCUGUAAACAGUACAGCUGCUGUUGGUGGAUCAUUCAGUGAAAAAUUGAUUGAUGAUCAUUUGGCUGUUCAAGCAAUUAUACGAUCCUAUCAGGUACACUUAAUUUUAUAAUACAAAUCACUAAAUAAAGUUGAACUUAUUAUAAUUAAUUAUAAUAUAAUAUGAUAUUUACAGUGUUCGGAAAAUUCACUGAAAAAUUAAAUUCAUUAUGUUCAAUUUAAAUUUAAAUACCAAUGCCCGAGGUCUUUGUGGUCCAAACUUUUAUUGUUUGCUUGUCAACACAUAUUUGUAGUCCAAUCCUUAGAAAUAAAAUAAACACUACUUGUUAUUUUUAAUUUUUAAAAAUCAAUAAUAAAAAAAACAAUACACUUUGAAGAUAUUAAAAUCAAUAAAAAAAGGACUAAUCAUAGUUACCUAAUAAAUAUCGAGCAUUUUUUUUCUAGUAUUCAAUUUUAAAAAUAUUUAUUAAUGCUUAGUUCAUGAAAACUGUUUAUACAGGUAAAUAGUGACAGAAAAACUGUUACAUGUUCUAUGUUUUAUUAAAUUAAACAUUUUAAGUAAAAAAUAUUUUAAAACAAUAUGUAAUAGAUCUAUGAUAAAGUUAUUACAAUAAAUAAAACAAAGGAUUGAUAUAACUACCAUGUGCAGUCCUUAUCAAUUUAAAAAUCUGAAAAAUAAUUACAAUUUUUUAGAACAACCAAUAAUGUUAAUGUAUACGUUAUACUUGACCAUAAUGAAUGAUGUUCACAAUACAAUUAACACAUUCUUUCCGAACGCUGAACCAUUAUAUCUAGUUAGUUAGUAAGUAUUAGUGGUGACUGAGUCAUGUAGAAACAAAUUUAUCUUUGCUGUGGCCUUUUUUUUCUAAGUGAUGAUAUUAUCCUAUUAAGAAAUAUUAUUUAAUUCAUAUUGACAUGAUUAUUUUCUUAAAAUAAAUUUAUCUGUAUAAUUGUACUUAUAAAAUCAUAAAAUUAAAAAAAAAAAAAACUGAUGAAAAUAAAAACGGUGUUCGUUUAUAUUUUAACUCUAAGAACUUUAUUUUGGAAUUUCAUGAUAUACAAUUAUUUUCGUUUUUAAAAUAAGUAAUCAAUUUUAUCUAAAUAAUCUGGAUAUUUUUAUGAGGAAGAUAUUAUUUAAGUUUUAUACACUAUAGGUUCGAGGUCAUUUUGUAGCUCAAAUUGAUCCCCUUGGAUUUACAAAUGCAGAUUUGCGAAAAAAAGGUAGACCUCAUGAUGUUGUACUAAGGCAACAUUCAAUAGGUAAGAUUGGGUAUACAAAUGUAAAUAGACUUGUAAGGAGUUUUUAGACAGUUUGUUUCUAUGUUAUAACUUAUCAAUAAUAGUUUCUCCUGUGUGUGCAAUGUGCAUGUCUAAAGUUUUUUUUUAUAACAUGUUGUACUAAUUUAUUAACGUGUAUUAAUAAUAAAAAAUAUUCUUAGUUUAGAUUUUAUUAAAAUAAAAUAUUUUUAAUCAGUUUUUAAAUGGUAUUCACCAGUUAUUAGAUAAGUGAUCAUAGACAUGUGCAGGAUUUUUUUGCAAGGUGUGCUUUAACCAAAAUGGGCAGUUAUUCUUUAAGUGGGUUUUAUACCUUUCCCCUAAAAAAUUAAAAUAAUUAAUGCAAAAUAUCAAUUUAUUAAAAGUAAGUAAUAUUGUUUGUACUACCGAAAUACCUGUAUUUAUUUCACAAAAACAUUAUUAUAAUAUAUCAUUACAUAUAGAUAACUUUUAAAAAAACGAUCUAGUAUAUUUUUAUACUAAAUUAUUACAUCGCUUAAAAUAAAAAAUAUCAUUAUUAAGAUAAAAAUUUAAAGUAAUAAGUAGUAUCACAAUUAUUGGCUGCCAGUUGGUUUGAUUUAUUAGUAACUUAAUGACAAUUAAGUCAUUAUUAAGUCACAAUUAAGUCAAACACAGUCAAGGUCUGUGCGCACUCCUAUGUUAGUAAUACAAAUAAUAAUGUAUUUUAUGUUUUCUUUAUUAAGAUUCAACUCAAAAUUAUUGAGUUACUAGAAUGGUCCUCUUAUUAUUUCUUUUAAUUUUUUUAAAAAUUCUACCAGAAAUUCUGUUCCAAAGUAUCAAGUGUAGCAUUUUUUCUGGAAAAGAAUUUUUUUGGGGUUGUACUUUAAGGAGGUUACAUGUAAUAUUAUGUAUUAUAUUAAAAAUAAUUUCAAGAUAUCUUUCAUUUUAUUCCCUAAUUUUAUCUAUGACCUUGUAUUUCUAAAUAUAUACUUAAAUGUAUGUAAUAAAUUUAUCAUUACAAAUAGUUAAUUAUAAUAUAAUUAUGGCACUGUUGCAUACAAGAUAGAAUUUACUGACAUUUUUAUGGAUUUAAGAUUAAAAUUUGCAAACAAAAUUAUAAUAGUAAUAAUAAAAACAUUUUGUUUUUAAAAUUUAUCAACAAACAAUCUCUAUUGUUGAAUUUACCAUCCAAUUUGAUAUAUUUGGUAAAUUGAUGGUAUGCAUUGUCAUGUUUGUGUUUCACUUAUUUGCCAAUUUGUAUUAAUAUAAACCACCAACUUACAUAUAUAUGUUAAGAGAGUUGUACAAAUUUUUGAGAACUAUAGUCCAACUAAAGUUGAACAUCUUUUGAUAAAUUUAAAAUAAGUAUAUACUAUUAAUUAAAGUAAUUCAAAAUACAUUUUCUUCUUUAAUAUGUUCAAAAUAUUCAUAUAUAUGCUUAAAAUGACAACAUUUAAUAAAAUCAUAAGUGUAAUGUAAAAUUAAUUUAAUUUAACUUUAAUGUCUCUACUUUAGCAAUAAACAUAACUCUGAAUCAUAAGUAUAUCGAUAUUUUGAUUUGUAUUUUCUGUUCUAAAAAAGUUUGAUAUUUUAAUCAUUGAAUUAUUAUAUAAUAUGUAUUACACUAUUGGGCUAUAACUAAACUAUUAAACUUUAUUAAUUAAAUGUUUUGUUUUUUUUUUAAUUUUUACUAAUUGAAUGUUUGUUUUAAAUAAAUUUGUUUGUGCUUUAUUUGUUUGUCGGCCAAUUAGAUACGAGGACAUCAUAUUGCACGUCUUGAUCCUUUAAAUUUAAAUAAAGUUGACCAAGAUGAUAGACUCCCACAGGAGAUUUUAUAUGGAUGUUAUCCUCCAUUUGGUAAGUAGUACAGUUUUCAUUGUACAAUUACAUUUUAACACUAAUUGCAUUUGUUAAUUGUUUUGUGAGUACACAUUUAGCUAUUUUUUAUUUUUAUAAAACUGAUAUAAAUAUAAUGUUUAAAAAUUUUUGUCCUAUAUUUAAUAUGUUUAUAUUAAUGCAUAAUUUGCAUGACUCCAUAUAAACUAUUAAGUUUUCAUAAGGUUAUAAAUUAUAAUAUAAAUAACAAUAUUUUAAUUUAUUAAAAUAUAAUCCAAUUUUUAAGAUAUUGGUUUAUUAUAGAUUUACCCUAAUUAUAAUAUUGUAGAAUAUUAUAUUUAAGAAAUUAUAAUUAUUUAAUUAAAUUGAAAAUGCCUACAAAGUAUUAAAAAUCUAAGAUUGUACUACCAAAAAGAUACCAGCAUUAACAAAUUUAUGACAAUAGAGUUAAUCAGGAUUUGUUAAGCAUACGCUUCAAUGAAUUUGAUUUUUUCAGCAAUACAAGUAGAAUUUUGGCAAUCAUACAUUUUUAAUUCAUUUAUUUCAUGUUUAAUCUUAGUGUCUUUAUAGAACUACAUUUGAGUUGCAAUGAAUAUUAAUAAUAUAAUUAAUUACAAUUUGUAUCAUAUGAUUUUGGUUGUACUAUACACCAUAGAACUUUAUAGGCUAUUUCAUUAUGUAUUUGUAGUUCCUUUCAUAAAACCAAAAUACAAAGAUUGAUACUUAAUAUUAAAUUAAUGUUUAAAUGUACCUAAUUUUAAUUAAGCUUAAAUUUAUUGUUUUAAGUUAAACUAAAUAUAUUAGUAAAAGUGUUAUUUUAAACUAUAAAAGUAAAAAUACAGUAUUGCUAAAUUAAUUUUUAUAUGAAAACUUUAUAGUUUAAUUUUAUUGUCAUUAUACAUGUUAACUUUUUUAGGCUUUAAAUUUGUCAUGCAAAUUAACAAGAAAUAGUAUAAUAUGUAGUUAAAUUUUUCAAAAUAUGAUUGUAUAAAUAUAGUUUAACAAAUAAUAUUGCUGAAUAUGCUUUUUUUUUUAAUAGCUGCCUGUUUUGUCCAUUUUGCUUUUUCACAUAAACUGUAAUGUUAAACUAAUUUUAAAUUAAAAUGUGUUACAUUAUUUUAUUUUAUUGUUUAACUUAAAUUCAAGGCUUCUUGUCAAUAGUUCACCUAUAAAUUUCUUAUGAUGUAUUUGCUCUUUAUUAAUUUGUUAAGACGAUAAUUGAUUGAACAAUAUAAGGAGAAUAGCAAUAUGGAGCAGUAUACAAUUAAUAGAAAAACAAAUUAUUUAAAAAAUUUAAACUAUUAUAAUUAAUGUUAAUAAUUUUCUAUUUGAUAAUAUUAUUAAUAAAAAAAAAAAAUUUAGGAUAAUAUUUAUUAAUAUUUUUUGUAACUUCUUCAUUAUAGGUAAUAAUUAUUAAUAUACCAAUUUUAACUUAAUAAUAUUAUAAAAUAUUGUAUAAAUAAUAGAUUAGGUAGGAAUAAUUUUGGAAAAAAAUUUUAUUUUAUUUUUUUUGUAAAAUUUGCUUACAUACAACUUAAAAAAUAAUACUAAAAAGUUAACAAAAUAUAAUAACAUAAAUUAGUUAAAUUAGUUAAAAUUGUAGAUUGACAGUCAGCAUUUAAUGUUGAGUAGAAACUUAAUAUUUUAACUCUUCAAUUUUUAGUUUUAAUAAUACUGUAGUACAUUUUAUUUAUAUUCUUUUCAUUAUAAGCAAUCUAUUUUCUCUUAAUUAAUUUUUAAUUUUUCUGGCAUUAAGUACAUUUAUUUUAAAUUAAAAUUUAAUUUUAAUUAACAUUUUUAUUGAUUGUUGAACUUGUUUUAUUUUUAAAACUGAGAGUUUAUUUGUAGGCAAACCACCCGAUAAUACUACAUAUUCUCAACACCUACAGAAUAAAGUAGCCGAAUUAAUGGGUAUGUAGUAAGUUUGUGCUAUUUAUACAUAUAUAUAUAUAUAUAUACUUAUAUUUUUAUAUUUUUAAGCAUGUUUUUUAAUAUUUCAUACAUUAUUAAUCUCAGCAAGUUUUUGAUUGUUUAUCACUAACAUCACUAUUCAAAUAUAAUUUGUGUAUAUGUAUAAUAUUAUUCUUUAGGUGCACCUACACAUAAAAAGAUAACGUAUUUAAACAUUUUUUUUAAAACUUUAUAUAGAUGUAUUUUUCAUUUUAAUAAUAUAUAUUUUUGUGUGCAUAAAUAACAGAAGAAGCUGAUAUGGAACGAGUAUUCAAAUUACCAUCUACAACAUUUAUUGGAGGCAAAGAAAAUGCAUUACCAUUGAAAGAAAUUUUGAACCGUUUAGAAAAUACAUAUUGUCGAUCAAUCGGUGUAGAAUUUAUGUUUAUUAAUUCAUUAGAACAAUGUAAUUGGAUUAGGCAAAGAAUGGAAUCUCCAGGCACAAUGGAAAUGGACAAAGAACAGAAACGACUUAUAUUAGCCAGACUUACUAGAGCCACAGGGUAUUUAUUAUAUUUCUUAAAUAAUUAUAGUUAUAUUUACCUAUUUAUCAUACUGACAUAUCAUUGAAAAAAAAAACAUAUACUUUUUCAUUUGAACCCAUAUUAUGAGAAAUUUAAAUAAAUCAAUAUCUUAUAAACCAAGGGUUCGUAACCUUUUAAGGUACAUGCUCCCUUUCAUACUAUUUUAUCAUGCCCCAUCACCAUAAUAAUAUUGAAUUAUGUUUAAUGUAUACAUCAUACCUUCAAUGUUGGUUAUUGGGUUUAUAAAUGAAAAUCGAUUGAGUGAAGAAUUAAAUUUUGUAUCCUACAUUCCCAACUUCCUAUCUACAACAGUGGUUGCAACCAUGUGCAAUGUAUGCCCGUCUUUUUAAAUAUUUAAUGAUUUAUUUGUUAGAAAAAAAUUUUAUCAUUUUAAAUUAUUAAAAUAAGUUAUAUUAUAUUCAUUUUUAUAAAUAAUACAUUUUAAAUGUAUUAUUACUUAAUAAUAAUAAAGUAGAUAUAAAUUAAUGAAAGGAUUGGUAACUGAUAACACGCAUCUCAGGUCACAUUACAUUAAAAUUUUCACGCCUCCCUAGGGGGCGCGCCCCCCCCCCAGAUUGAGAACCGCUGUUAUAAACAGUCCUAAGUAAAUAAAUUAUAUACAUUCAUUUAUUUAUUAUAAUUUUAAUUAAAAUUAUUACAUAAAAUAAAAUGAAGUUCCACUUUUAUAAACUAAUUAGUUUAAUAUAACAUGCAUGUGCAUAACAAUUGGUCACAGAUUUCAAAAAUAUUUUAUUGGAUUAAAAUGUUACCUAAUAAUGAUAUAAAACAUGACGAUACAGUUAAUGCUAAUAUUUUUAUCGGUUUAAAAAAUAAAAACAUUUUAUUAUUAGAUUUGAAUCAUUCUUGGCUCGUAAAUGGUCAAGUGAAAAACGUUUUGGCUUGGAAGGAUGUGAAAUUUUAAUUCCAGCUAUGAAACAAGUUAUUGAUAAAUCUACAGAAUAUGGGGUAGAGUCAGUUAUUAUGGGUAUGCCUCAUCGUGGACGACUUAACGUUUUAGCAAAUAUCUGUCGUAAACCUUUAAAUCAAAUAUUCACACAAUUUGCUGCUUUAGAGGCCGAAGAUGAUGUAACUAUAAUUAUUUCUCAGUUAUCAGAUGACACUAGCAAUUUUUAGAAAUGUUAAAAAAAUACUUUUCAAUUAUACUGUUAAAUUAAAUAAUUUUUAGGGAUCAGGAGAUGUGAAAUAUCAUUUGGGUACAUACAUAGAACGUUUGAAUCGAGCUACCAAUAAGAAUAUACGUUUAGCUGUUGUUGCUAAUCCAUCCCAUUUAGAAGCUGUAGAUCCAGUAGUACAAGGAAAAACUAGAGCUGAACAGUUCUAUAGAGGAGAUGGAGAAGGAAAAAAAGUUUGUAUUUCUACCUUAAAACUAUACAUGAUUGAUUUUAAGAUAAAUUGUAUAUUAUAUUUUAAAUUUACUUUUAAAUAAUAACAACAAUAGUUAAUUUGCAUUUAUAUGUAUUCAUAGUAUUUGAAUAUACCUAGUGAAAUUAAAUUAUCUUUAAAUCAGUUAUUACCUAUUUAGUAGUUAUUUUUUUUUUACUAACAACGGGAUAUCAUUUCUUCUUUUUACAUUAUACUUUUUUGUUAUUUUAAAACAUUAUUAGUUCAUAUUUUAUUGUUUUCAUUACUUUUAUUUCUAUACUAAUACUAUUGUCUCUAUGUAGUUCAUACAUAUUCUACACAAUUAAUUCAUUAAAAUAGAUUGUUGUUGAUCACCUUCUGUUUGGUCCUUAUUGAAAUAUAAAUACAAUUAUUUUCAUAUUUUAAACUAUAUUAUUAUUUGAUAUUUUAUAUUUAUUUAUGGAAUAAUAUUCCAAUUACAAUAAUGCUUAUUUAUAAGUAUUGAGAUUAUAAUUAUUUAGAUUAGAUAAAUAAAUAGUUCAUAUAAUUUAGGUAAUGUCUCUCUUACUUCAUGGAGAUGCAGCAUUUUGUGGUCAAGGUGUUGUUUAUGAAACAUUCCAUUUAUCUGAUCUACCAGAUUACACUACCCAUGGAACAAUUCAUAUUGUUGUUAAUAAUCAAAUUGGAUUCACUACAGAUCCACGGCAUUCACGUUCAUCACCUUAUUGUACAGGUAAAAUAAAAAUAUGUUAAAUAAGUUAAAAUACAAUAUAAAUCCAUACAUAUGUUUUAAUACAUUUAUUUUCAAAAAAUUAUUGUUUAUAAAAGGUAAAUGAGUUAAAAUUUAAUUUACCUGCUAUUCCAUCUAAUAUAAUUAUAAAAUUUGUUUAAUUUUUGGAUUAUUUGUUAUAGAUGUCGCUAGAGUGGUGAAUGCUCCAAUUUUCCAUGUCAAUUCGGAUGAUCCUGAAGCAGUUAUGCAUGUUUGUAACAUUGCAGCUGAAUGGAGAAAUGUUUUCCAUAAAGAUGUAGUCAUUGAUCUUGUAAUUAUAUUGACAUUAUUUAAUAAUUCAACAGUAAAUAAUUACCUUUAUUUAUUCAUUUAAUGAAUUAUCAUUUAAAUUAUAGGUAAGUUAUAGACGAUAUGGUCAUAAUGAAAUAGACGAACCCAUGUUUACGCAACCUAUUAUGUACAAAGUAAUUAAAAAGACUCCGCCAGUUUUGGAUAAAUAUGCUGAAAAACUAAUAGAAGAAAAAGUUGUUACUAAAGAAGAAGUUAAGGUAUUUAGUUAGCUUAUUAUCUACUAAUUUAAACAUUUAUAAUAAAACAAUACAUUUCAAUUAUAUAAUAACUAGCAUUAAUACCCAAGACUUAAAACUGGUUAUCAUCUAUUUUGAAUUUUCAUAUUAUUUUUCUUGAAUGUAGAUUUUUUUCUGAUAAAUCUGUAAUUAAUAUUUUUCAAAAAAUUUAUUUUAAUUGGCAUAAUAAUAAUAUAUUAAAACAUGUUAUACAACAACAAUAAUUGGAUGGGUUUCUGAAAAUGUUGCACUAACACAACACAGUAGGUAUAGUCAGACACUUAAGCCAUUCUGUCCCUACCUACCUUGUUGUUUCCUGCACAAUAAUUCUAUCUUAGUUUUUGAUUUUAAUUUAUUUAAAAAAUUAUCUUUAAGCAAAUUCAUGAACGGUAAAUGUUUUUCAAGUACUUGACAGUUGAUGUUUGAAAUUUUUGUAUGGCUGAAAUUUAACAAUAAUUGUUAUAAUAAUAAUAAUUGUAAUAAUAAUAAUUAACAACGAUAAAACUAAUCUUAAACUGCUAUGACAUAGUAAUAAUAAAAAAAAACUUAACUAACCAUUUAAUUAUAAAUAGUAAUAAAUACACCUGACUAAACAAAUUUUUUUUUUUUUUGAAAACAGGUAACGAGGAAAAAUAAACGUUAUGUUUUGAAAUUGAUAAAUUAUUCUUUGUAGGAUGUUUGGGAUAAAUAUGAUGGAAUUUGCGAGGAUGCUUACACGGCAUCACGAAAAGAAACUACUAUUAAAUACAAGGAUUGGUUAGAUUCUCCAUGGUCAGGAUUUUUUGAGGGAAAAGAUCCAUUAAAAGCUUCUAAGACUGGAAUUAAAGAAGAAACAUUGACACACAUUGGUAAACGAUUUUCUUCACCUCCUCCUAAUGCUGCAGAAUUUGUUAUUCACAGAGGUAUGUACAAUUUAAAUAUAACUUAACUUGAUUAUGUAUUUUUAAUAUUCAGAGAAUUUAUAUUUCAGGUAUUGAAAGAAUUCUAAAAGCACGUAUGCAAAUGGUUGAAAAUCGUACUGUUGAUUGGGCUCUGGGAGAGGCAAUGGCUUUUGGAUCUUUAUUAAAAGAUGGAGUUCAUGUACGAUUAAGUGGACAAGAUGUUGAAAGAGGUACAUUUUCUCAUCGACAUCAUGUACUACAUCAUCAACUUGUUGACAAAGCCACAUAUAGAGCACUUUGCAACUUAUAUCCCGAUCAGGCACCAUAUACUGUAUGCAAUAGUUCUCUGUCUGAAUUUGCUGUAUUAGGUAACUAUAAAUUCUAAAUUGUAAUUUAUUUGAUAUGAUUUUCAUGUUAACAGUGUAAUUUAUAUUAAAAACAACUAUUAUGCAUUGGUAUAUGUAUUAUUAAUUUGUUUAAGGUUUUGAAUUGGGAUUUUCUAUGACUAACCCAAAUGCUUUGGUGUGCUGGGAAGCUCAGUUUGGAGACUUUAACAAUACUGCACAGUGUAUUAUUGACCAAUUUAUUAGUUCUGGACAAGCAAAAUGGGUUAGACAGUCAGGACUCGUAAUGUUACUGCCCCAUGGUCUUGAAGGAAUGGUAAUACAUUUUAAUUUAUUAUUGUUUGUGUAUAAUAAAAUAAAAAUAAUUAUGACCAUUUUUAUACUUUUUAGGGACCAGAACAUUCAUCAGCCAGGCUUGAAAGAUUCUUGCAAAUGAGUUCUGACGAUCCAGAUUAUUUCCCUCCAGAAAGUGAUGAAUUUGCUGUCCGUCAACUGCACGAUAUUAAUUGGAUUGUAAAUUUAAAUUUUAUUCACUUUAUUAUUUAAUUUUAAGUAUUAAUAUUAAAUUUUUCUUAUUUUUUAGGUUGCUAAUUGUUCAACACCUGCUAAUUAUUUCCAUAUACUUCGUCGUCAAAUAGCUUUACCCUUCCGUAAACCAUUGAUUUUAAUGACUCCUAAAUCUCUGUUGCGACUUCCUGAAGCUAGAUCUAGUUUUGAUGAAAUGAAUGAGAACACUGAAUUUUUGAGAAUAAUUCCAGAACAAGGUGCUGCAGCUGACAAUGCCUCUAAUGUCAAGAGAUUAAUAUUCUGUAGUGGAAGAGUGUACUACGAUUUGGCUAAAUCGAGAGAGGAUCGUAAUCUCAUUGAUACUGUGGCAAUUGCUCGAGUUGAACAAAUAUCACCAUUCCCAUUUGAUUUAAUUAAAAAAGAAUGUGCCAAAUAUCCCAAUGCAGAUAUUAUAUGGGCGCAGGAAGAACAUAAAAAUCAAGGAUCUUGGACGUAUGUGCAACCAAGGUUCCAUACAGUAUUGAACAACUCUAAAACUGUAGGGUGAGUCAUCACUACACUUUAGAAAUUUAAUUUAAGUAAAUAAACUGAAUUUAAAAUUAAACUGGAAUUAUAUGACAAUCUGAAUUCUAUUUAAUAAUGCAUAUUUACAAUGAUUAAUUUACUAAAAUUAUUUUAAUAAUUCAUCAGUUCAGUGAAAAUUAUAUUUAAGAAAGAACAAGUCAAUUCACGAGCAAUGAUAAAUAUUUAAUAUGUAUACACACUAAAUAAACAAAAUGAAAAACUAUUUAGCAUCCAUACAUGUUAUUUUAACUUUUACAAUUUUAUCCAAAAUAAUUGUGUUGCAUGUUAGCUAACUCAAUAAAAUAUGUAUGAGAAAUGUAAAAUUAUUAUUAAAUAUUAAUACAAAUUAUAAUAUACUUAGACUUUAUUGCAGAAAUUAUAACUAGGUACUAUAUGGCAUAACUUCGGACUGUGAUGUAACUUUGAGUCUAUAAUGUUUUUUUAAUAAUUUUGUUGAUAACCCAUAGAAAUUUUUUUAUUUUUUAGGACAAUUUUUCAAUAAAUUUCUUUAUGUGUAUUUAAAUAAUUAUCUUUUAUAACCAUAGAUAUAUAUAUAUGUAGACAGAACAUUCAGCAUAAAAUAUUCUUAUUUUUACUUAUUUUUGUAAUAAUUUGUAUAAUAUUUUGAUAUUACAAUUUUUUUUUUUUGUGAAAAACUUAAAACCAUACUAUAGUUUUUGAACCUACUCUUUACUUUUAUAAAUUCGUUCUGUCACAUGAAUAACUCCUAAAAUAUUUGAGUGUCUAAAGUUAUAACAAAUGAGAGAUAAUUUCAGACACCUAUAUAUAUAUAUAUAUAUAUAUAUAUAUGUGUGUAUAUUAAGUUAGUAGAAUUCAUCAUUUUUAAAAAUGUUUUUCUUAUAGUGUGUUAGGAGUAUUACCAUCUAAAAAUUAAAAUUAAGCUAUAAAUUAAUUUUUUAUGAGUGAAAUGUCUUAAAAAUCGUCUGAAUUUAUGCCAAAUAAUGGUACACUAAUAUUUUUUAUAAAUAUCAGUAUUGGUUUUUUUUUGCACUUCAUAAUUAUUUUACCCCAACAUUAAGUUUUUUAAAUUUAAAAUAUGCAUGUUCCUAAUAAUUUAAAGAUAAUUUUUUUAAAACUUAAGUUGUUGGUAGUUAUAAUAUAUUAAUUUAAUAAAUAUUUGGGUAUGUCACUGUUACUGCCAGAUUUUAUAAGAAAACAGUAAGUCAUUUUUUUUUUUAAAUUUAAAGUUUUUUUAAAUAUAAGAUAGGUAUUCAAAAAUUAUAAUAAAUUAUUGAACUAUAAUAUAUACAUUUUAAAAUUUAAAUUGUAUUUAUUAAAGAAAUUUUUUUCAAAAAUAAAAUUAAUUUAAUAAAAUGUAUGUAAACAAAACAAUAGACAUUUUAUUAUUUGUGCAGGCCUCUUGCUAAAAUUUCUAAAGGAUUUUUUUCACGAAUAUUCUCUUCUGGGUCAAACCAUGAUGUUUCAAACACAAUUUUACCUGAGCAGAAAAAUUCUACUCAAAUUAGGUGAGAUUUCAAUGAAUCUGUUUAUUGUUAGUUUGAAAUCUAAUAAAUUUGAGGUAUGCAAGUUAUUUAUGAUAUUUUAUCAAAAAUAUCAUUUCAUUGAAAAAUAUAUAUUACAUAAAAUAUUUAACUAUAAUAAUUAUAAUAAUUUGAUUUAUUAUGAUAUAUUUGGGUUAUUGCAAGUUUGGACAAGUUACAGUGACAUGAAUUUAAGUAGUGGCAUGUCCAUUUUUUUCUCUUUAAACAUAUAUUUAACACACAUGCAAGGUGCCCUAUAGUGUUGACUUUUUACUAAUAACUGUCAAUUGGUUUUUCAAUAAUUAAAGGGAUGAAAAUAAAAAUUUAAUUUUGUCUACAUAAUAUGAUGUACCCUCUGCACAAAACCCCAUUGAAAAAAAAAAAGGAAUAUUGAUAGAAUUAUUAACAUACAGAUAACAUUGUAGAACACUCUGUAUAGGUGAAUACAUUAUAUCAAAACUAAAUGAACAAUAAAUAAAUUAUAGUUGUUUCCAAGAGAAUUAUUUGAAGUAAAUCGUUAUUAAUUUAUAAUAUAUUGAUACUUGAUAUUAAAAUUUAAUUUUUCCUAAAAUCCAAUUUGUGCGAGAUCAUAUUGUUUAUGUAUUCAUUAUUCAUUUUAAUAUGUAAUAAUAUAUUAAAAUUAAAAAUGACAACAUUUAUUUUCAUUGGGAAAUCACAUAAAUAAAAAAAUUAUUAUACCUAAUUAUUAAAUAAUAUUUGAUGUAUUUAAUAAUUUUUUCUUUAAAAGUGUAAAAUAAAUAAUAACCUAUAUAAAAUUGGCCAAAUUAUCAGGUAGUGAAUUACAUAUUGAACACAGUAACAUUAUUAAAAAAAAAAUACUAUUUUUCUUGGGAAAUAACACAUAAAAAAAAUAGUAAUUAUUAAGUUAUAAUAAUUAAUCUCUAUAACUAAAAAAAUCCUACGAAUUAUCAACAUUAUUAAUGGUAUAUAAUUAAAGUUAAUUGUUCUAUUAUAUUUUUCAAUACUAACCUCCUAACCUUUUAAUCAUUAGACUUCAGAAGUAAAAAUAUUUAAGAGAAGUAUAAGUUAGACAUAACUACUUUAAUGAAGAUCUCAUUUAAAAACAUUAAAUUACCAAACUAGCUAAGCUCAUUUAACAAUAUAAUUUUUUUUUAAUAAGAGUAUUAAUAUUACCUUGUUUUUAUUUUAUUAUUAUUAUUUGGUUUUAAUUUUUAAUUUAAAUAGAUAUUUUUUAUUUUUAAUUCAAUUAAUUUACUUUUUUAUGUACGUUAGGUUAGAUUCCAAAUAGAAUCUUGUUAUAAAACAAGUCUUGUCCCCUUUUUCCAUUAUAAAUAAGCUUUUUAAUUUAAUAUGUUGAGUUGUGACUUAAUAAUUAAUAUUUAUGAGUCUCCGUCUUCCCACUAACAAAGCUUACAACUUAAUGCAGAAUUAAAUGUUAUUUAAAUUUGGUCAACAUUAAUUUUAACCUAAUUUUAUUAAAACAAUCUAAUUAAAAUAUUAACACUGUUUAAUUUAAAAUUAUUGUGUUUUUGACAUUGCAGUUAUGCCGGUAGACCAACAGGUGCUUCAGCAGCUACUGGCAGUAAAAUGCAACAUUUGAAAGAACUUAAAGCACUUCUAGAUGAGUCGUUUGCAGUUUAAAUCUAGAAAUUCGUAAAUAAAACAUAAAUUAUUUAAAUGGCAACGCAAUAUCCAAGGAUGUGGUAGAUUUUAAAAAUCCAAUUCUCUGUACUCAUUAAAUAUAAUAUGCUAACCCAUUAUUAGUAUGUACUUAACAUACUUUGUAUUAAAAAUUGUUAAUUUAUUUUUUUAAAAAUGUUAUUAGUAUUUAUUUGUACCAUUAUAUUUUGAUUUACAACUUAAACUAUAUGUUUUUGUUCCUAAGUAAAUCAAUUUUUUCAGUUUUAAAAUCAAUUAGGUUUUUUCUUUCAACAUCUAAAGCUUUUAUUAUUCACUUAAUUAUUAAUAUCUACUGUGACUUUGUUUAUUUAAUUUGCAAAAUAGUUGCUUAGUAAACAAAUUAAAAUUAUGUACUUAUAAAUUGCAAUGUGAAAGUAUUUUGUAAGAUAGUAAUAUUAUUUAAAUUGACUACCAAAAAUGUAUUUAGUUAAUUGAAUUUUAAGUAUUGUAUGUUAUAUUUUUACGGUAGUCGUUAAUAAUUUAAAUAAUUUAAUGAAUAUGUAAGUAAAUUACAAGAGUAUUCUUUUAAACAAUCACUAAUGUUACUGAUCUAAUGCACCAAUUAUCUACGAUCAAUUUUAUGAUUAAACCUAUAUUGUGUUAUUUGUUAAAAUAUAUUUUGGUCUUCACAAUAAACACAUUUGUGUAUUAUUAUUUAAAUUCAUAUAUCAUAUAAUAUAUAUUAUCGAUUAUACAGAUAUAUUCUAGACUAUUGUAUAAUUAAUGAAAAUAUAUCUUUUCAUGAAUAGUUGCCAUUUCAUAUAAUAUAAAACAAUUUUUACAUGUUGUGAAAUACAAAAAUACACAAUGAG